GGACGGUUCACUCUGUGCCGCUGCCUGGGGGCUGUAGUGACCGCGCCGCUCCUGCUGGGGGCUGCCCACGCCAAGGACCUGCCUCUGUGGUCUCCUCCGCCGCUGCUCAGUUUCCCCGGCAACAACAUCCCCCAAGAUGGCAGAGGAGAGCAACAGUACCAGCGACUGCGUGUCCUUCAGCGUGCUCACCUGGGACCAGGUGAGCCGGCUGCAUGAGGUCCUGACCGAGGUCGUACCCAUCCACGGACGAGGCAACUUCCCCACCUUGGAGAUCACGCUGAAGGACAUCGUGCAGACGGUCCGCGGCCGGCUGGAGGAGGCGGGCAUCAAAGUGCAGGACGUCCGGCUGAACGGCUCUGCGGCCGGCCACGUCUUGGUCAAGGACAACGGGUUGGGUUGCAAAGACCUGGACCUCAUCUUUCACGUGGCUCUGCCCACGGAGGCCGAGUUUCAGCUGGUCAGGGAUGUGGUCCUGUGCUCCCUCCUGAACUUCCUGCCAGAGGGCGUGAACAAACUCAAGAUCAGCCCAGUCACUCUGAAGGAGGCGUACGUCCAGAAGCUGGUGAAGGUGUGCACGGACACUGACCGCUGGAGUCUGAUCUCCCUCUCCAACAAGAACGGGCGGAACGUGGAGCUGAAAUUUGUGGACUCCAUCCGGCGUCAGUUCGAGUUCAGUGUGGACUCUUUCCAGAUCAUCCUGGACUCCCUGCUCUUCUUCUACGACUGCUCCAGCCGCCCCCCCUCCGAGCACCUGCACCCUGCUGUCAUCGGGGAGAGCGUGUACGGGGACUUCGAGGAAGCCUUGGCCCACCUGCGCAACAGACUCAUCGCCACCAAGAACCCCGAGGAGAUCCGGGGCGGGGGGCUGCUCAAGUACAGCAACCUCCUGGUGCGGGACUUCAGGCCCGCCGACCAGGACGAGAUCAAGACCCUGGAGCGCUACAUGUGCUCCCGCUUCUUCAUCGACUUCCCCGACAUCCUCGAGCAGCAGAGGAAGCUGGAGACCUACCUGCAGAACCACUUCGCGGAGGAGGAGAGGAGCAAGUACGACUACCUCAUGACCCUGCGCAGGGUGGUGAAUGAGAGCACCGUGUGCCUCAUGGGCCACGAGCGCAGGCAGACCCUGAACCUCAUCUCCCUGCUGGCGCUGCGCGUGCUGGCCGAGCACAACAUCAUCCCCAACGCCACCACCGUCACCUGUUACUACCAGCCUGCGCCCUACGUCAGUGACGGAAGCUUCAGCAACUACUACGUGGCCCACCCUCCGGUCACCUACAGCCAGCCCUACCCCACCUGGCUGCCCUGCAACUAACCUUGGGACCCGAGGGUUUCCACAGGGGGGACCCCCGUAGGGCGAGGGCUCUCAGGUAGGGGAGCCUCCUUCUAGAUGUAGGUGUUUGGCUUUUAAAGGGGAACUCAGCUCUGACUCUGCUUUUUUUUUUUUUUUCUUUGUGCGCCCAUUGGAAUGGGUCUCCAGUAUAUCAUGAGCCAACCCUAAAGGGACCUGUGAUUCCAGUGCCACUUUGGAAAAUGCUAUAGGAACUAUGACCUAUCCACAUCUUUCCAAGACAGACACUAACAUGCCGUGUUCCAAACAUCGGUACGGGGACGUCUGAGCUCCGUGCGGUCGUUGAGAUUGGGAAACACGUGGGCAGUGUAGAAGUUUCCAGCUGCUGGGCUUCUCACUGGAGCCUAGGGUAGGGGAUGUCGGCCCUACCCUGGAAUUCUCAGCACUUACGUGGAAGUUGUGCGGAUGGUCUAUUUUCUUGUGUCAAUUUUAGUCCCGCAGAAAAUGGUAAACAUGAGGGUGCUCUUGUGGCUUAAUUUUUGUUCAAGGGACUAAAUUGCUUAUGUUUAGUCUCUGUCAGCAGAGCUGAGGAUUUCUCUCCUCAAUAAACCAAAGCCGAUAGCUGGAGAAUCACGAUCUGGUUGGAAGUGGUUUAUGGUUUAGAUGCUGUGCUAUCACGAGGAAUUGUGAGAUAUUGCUGAGAAAAAAAAAAAA